UUUGGUCAAAUAACCAACAUGCGGAUACUUCAAGAGUCAUCAAAACCUUGGUAAAAGUGAGACAAUGACACCGUGGAGGAUUAACACCACAUCCUCAGUUGCCUGACGAUGGCAAAAUCAUUAAAGCUCUUUGUGCAAAGUGGAUUUGGAGAAAUAAUCAUAAUGCUGAGACAGAAAGUCAAGAAGAUAAGAAGAUAAGACCGUGCUGCUAACGAUGAGCGUGUUAGCAAGAUGCUAUGUAGGGCAGGAGAAGAACAAUCAGUGUUUUAUAACGUGUCUCCCGCUCCGUCCCCCAUGAUUCCAAUUAGCUAAUCGUUGACUUCAAGUCUGAAAUAAAGUGGGGGCUGCACACAGACAUGCAUUGAUGACGCUGAGGCGCCACUGUGGCCCCGACCUCAAACUCUGCAGCAUCCCGACGUUCACGCACAGGCGGAAAGUCAGCACCUCUGAGGUAUUGAAGGCCAGCCUGACAAUGAAGCCGUCUUUUGCAUUGGUGGCUUUCAUCAUCCCUCUGAUCAGAGCUCAGGUGCCCCACUGGGGGGCGUGUCCAGAACCGGGCGUUCAGGCCUCAUUCAACCUCAAACAGUUCAUGGGGAGGUGGUUUGAAAUCGGAAGACUGCCGACUCAGUUUGAGAAGGGUCGCUGCAUCGAGACCAAUUUCACUUUCAGGGAGGACAACUCCAUCCGAGUGGUCAGCUCGGAAAUACUAAAAGGAGAGCUGAGGAAGAUAGAAGGAACUGGCGUCAUAGAAGAUCAGAAGAAUCCCGCCAAGCUUGGAAUAAGCUACUCUUACGUGCUGCCUUAUUCCCCCUACUGGAUCCUGUCCACCGACUACGUGAACACGGCCCUCGUCUACUCCUGCACCGACGUCCUGAGGCUCUUCCACCUGGACUUCGCCUGGAUCCUGAGCCGGACACGCAGCCUUCCAGAGUCCACCAUCGACAAAGCCAGGGAGACGUUUGCCAACAACAACAUCGACGUGACCCGCCUGAUGGCCACCAAGCAGGACGCCUGCGAUUAAAAG